UGACAGCUUGCUUUUGGAAAUUGUUUUGACAUUUCGAAAUUAAUCUGUUAUUUAGUAACAGAACAGAAAAACCGAAAAAUUUACCAUUUAAAUUUCAAUUCAACUAUAUGUGUACAUAAGUUCACAUAUAAAAGUCAAGUUGCUAAUUAUAUGGCCAUAUAGCUGACUUCAGUGAAUGUGUAGUGAUAAUUUCUUGAAGAUUGAUCGAUUUCAUCGUCAUACGCUUGCUUCUAUAUUUCGAUAUGCUUCCCCGUUCAUAUUACACGGAACAAGACAUAAGGAAGCGGCAGAUUGAUACAUUAAAAAUAUUUAAUGACAAUGUUACUGAGAUUGUUGAAAAUACGGAAUACAAAGUCGAUUUUUCCUCUAAUGGACACAACUUAUAUCUUACAGUGAUUCUUAACUCUGAAUUUCCUAAUGAGAAGCCUAACAUAUUCGUAAGCCCCGUCUUUCCUCACCCGUGGCUUGCUGAAAACUCAAACCAAGUGAUUGGUGCACCAGGAUUGGUGAACUAUAGUCCACAUUCUGAUUUAGGACGGGUUGUUCAAGUUAUUAUACGCGAAUUUCAGCGUUCAGCACCUAAUAUAUACGGUCACGAAGAUAAGUCCACAGACACCAGCCCAAUGUCGCACUAUAGCAACCAAUCGCUGAUGUUUCCAGAGUUGAAUGAACUAUCCAUUGAUGAAUUACAGGAGAUCAUUGAAAAUCCUGAUCUACAGGAUAAAUUACUUGAGACCAAUCCACAGUUGAUCGAGUUAGAUCUUGAGACUGAAGAACUUAUGGCGAGUAUCGAACAAAUAGCUCAGGAUAAUAUAAACAAGCAACAAAUGCUCGACGAUUUAAAGACGCAGGUCCUGGAUCGUAUCUCAACGAUCGUACAGAUGAAGAUGAGCUACGAGCGAUUGAAUCGUCAACACCAGAAGCUAUCGGAGAUAUAUGAUCCUCAUAGAAUACGCGAGUGUCUAAAGGAGGCGGCAUUGAAAGCCGACGAGGAUGCCGAAGUGAUUGCCGAGCAAUUCCUAUUGGGUAAUAUACCGAUAGAAACCUUUAUAUCUCAGUUCGCGGAGAAGCGAGCUCUAGGUCAAGCGAGACGAGCCAGAGAGGAGAGGCUUACACAUCAACUCGCACAAUUAGAUAAAGCCACAAUAUAAUUUUUUUUUUAAUAUAUUAUCUGUAUUAAAAAUAUUGUGGGUAGUCUGAGGUUUUUUUAACUUAUAACUGAUUAAAUUAAAUUUAUCUAGUAACCCAAAUGUAUAUAGUGGUUUUAAUUUGAUUUAAUUUUUUUUUGUUUUUAUGUUUUUUAGUUGAAUUACAGGAAUCAUUGUGUUUUGUAUCGGACGAUACUAUUUUAGUUGUUGUUUUGUUUCACUGUUACAAAUAAACGUUGGAUAAAUUUU